AUGCCGCAACCCGUCCGCCCAUGGCGCGCCACGCAGCCGCUCAAGGCCCUGUGCAUCGCGUACUUCUACCUCUCCACGCCGCCGUACCUCAUCUACCUGUUGCUCAAGUUCUCCCUCCUCAAGAGCCUGCGCCCGAGCCCGCGGCUGAGCCUCAAGGCCAACGUCGGCAACCCCAUCACGCGGGCGCUCUUCAACAUCAUCACCUCGACGCGCUCCCCGCGGCUCGUCGCCGAGAACCUCCCCAAGGACCUGGCCCGCGUCACCACCGCCGUCGUUCCCUCCGCCUCGCUCUUCACCGGCAUCCUGGCCGCGGGCGCCUCUCCCGUGAAGCCCGCUCCGCAAAAAGCGCUCUGGUUCCCCAGGGCCCCUGCGGCCGACGCCUCGGACCUCGGCGCCGAGACGGUCGUGCUGCACUUCCCCGGCGGCGCCUUCGUCAUUGAAGUAGGUCACGAAGCAUUCGGGCGCAAGGCCGCCGACGUGGUGCUGCACGGAGGGCAGGCGACGCGCUUCGUGUGGGCGCAGUACCGCCUCGCCAGCACCGCCGGCCAGGGCUUCCCGGCCGCGAUCCAGGACGCCGUGACCUUUUACGCGCACGUCCUCUCGCUGGGUUACUCCCCCAAGAACGUGGUCCUGUCCGGCGACUCGGCGGGCGGCAACCUCGUCCUCGCGCUGCUGCGCUACCUCGAGGAGACAAAGGUGCUGCCGCUGCCGCGCGGCAUCUUUGCGUGGUCGCCGUGGGUCGAGGUGACGCCACGCGCGGCGCGCGACUUUUCCGAGAUCAACACGGCGGCGACGGACAUCCUGACGCCCGAGUUCCUGCAGUGGGGCGCCGAGGCGUAUCUUCCUCGCGGCGGCGCGGUGACGGACGAGGUGGCUGCGUACGUGUCGCCGCUGCACCGGCCGUUUCGCACGUCGGUGCCGGUGUUUCUGCACGCGGGCGAGGCCGAGGGCUUCUGCCCGACGGUGCGUCGUUUCGCCGAGGAGAUGGAGGAGCUGAAUGGGACUGAGACGGUGCGGUUCCAUGGCACGCCGCAUGCGGUGCAUGACUUGCUGCUCGUGUGGGAGGCGCAGGAUAUGCGCAAGGAGGCCGAGGCGGCGGUCAAUGAUGCGUGGGGGACGGUGGGCGCGUGA